GAGCAGCCUUCCACCCUUGUCCAAGGCUACAUUUCAGCCACCGUCCCCAAUGCCCACGGCCUUAUCCGUGAAAAUCCGGAGUGUGGUGGCGUCCGAGGAGGGAAAGGCGGGGGGAGGGAAAGAGGAGUCGAAAGGGUCAGGAGCUGCCGGGGGCCCCGAGACCGUGCUGGCGAGAAGAAGAAGAGAGGAAGACGGAGAGACGGAGGACAGGCGGAGACCAGGCGGCGUGCGUGAUGGGAUCAAUGGGGCGGGCCACGAAGGGAGGUUGUGAUUUGUCGGCAACGGAGUAGAUUUGGGAUGGGGGGUACGAGGGUGUGGCUCAGGGCAGCGACUGGUACCGAAAAACGCCGAGUGCCAGUCACAAGGGCGUGGUGAGGGCCAUAGCAAUAGAGACAGGGUAGUAGCCUGCAGGCGUAUGGUCGCGCGCGUGCGAAGGUCGGACAAGGAGCUUCAUGGGACCGUAACAUGUGCUAGAAGCCUAAUGCCUCUUUCGGCGCGGACACGUAGGCACCGGAACGCGGGUCAAUAUGAAGCAUCCUAAGGCAAGCUACAUGGCUUUUUUAGAUGUCGCUCGCUGACGAGAAAUAGAGGGAAGUUUCAGUGGAAAUAUAUUCUUGUGCGGAGGGGGAAAGGGGUACAGCAGCCAGUGUGUCGGUGGUCGACAGUUCGUAAAAUUUGCUUUCACAUGACUCAAGGAUAAAAUCAAUUGACCUUGCCAACUCGUGCGUGGUGGGGGAAAAUCGGGUGCCGUGGCCCUCCCUGGAUGGUACUGGGUGUUUGUGUAUACUUCCAAUCCUUUCGGAUGGGUCACAUUAAAUGCAGAGAGGCGCGUUGAAGAGGGAAAUAGUACACGGCAUGACUGACCUUUCUUCCUUCAAGCAAAACAAUCGCUUCAAAUGCUCUCCACGUGUCGCUUGUUUUCCAUCCACUAUCUUCCUUUUCCUGCCUUCUUCUGACCUAAAUCGUUUUUCUCGCCCUCCUAGAGGGGGCGCAGGCUUUGGCUCUCUUCU